AUGAGUUUUGCCCUCAGUUUACUUCUAACUGGUGCUGGUGGAUUGGCAUACAAGUUUGAUAGAGAACAGAUUCUCAAGCCACAUCCAGGUAUUAAGUAUGAUUUUAACGAUUAUAAUUUACACGGUUUGAAACGUUGCUUCAAAGAAUCUUUAGAACGUUGUGAAACUGGUGCUAAAAAUUUUAUUCCGUUAUUCAGGAAAAGUUUAUUCUAUCCAUUAAAAGGAAUGGUGACAUUAGCAAGGAAUAAAAAACUGUACGCGUCGGAAGUCAUAUACAUACAAAGUGUCUAUUGUGUAAUGUAUUUCAUUAUACUGACACUGUACCUCAAUACGAUAACGCCAAUGUAUGUCUCAUUUCUAGCUCUAUUGGGUCCCCUUGGUGUCAUGAUAGCUACACUUCAUGGAUUGUUACAUGCAAAUUUAUUAACUAUGAUGUUCAUGAGAAUGUCCCAUUUUCAAGCAAAAUUGGUCAUUUUAACGUGUAAAAGAGAACCUGAUGUGCCAAUAUACCCUAUAGGUAAACCAGUUAAAUAUUACAUCCCCUGGAAUUGUAAAUAUUUCUGGCUAGUUUAUUUCCCAUUGAAAUUUGUAAAAUAUCUCUAUGGCUACAUCGUUCUUUGUGUUCUAUUAGUAAUUUCUGCUCUUCCAAUUAUAGGUCCUUUCCUCUUCCAUUUUCUAGUCUCUCCAUUUAUCACCAAGAUUUAUUUUAGCAAAAAUUUAAGAAUUAAUGGUGUUAGUAACAUUAAUAGACAAAAUUUUUUCUACGAUAAUUUAGGUUCAUACGUCGCUUUUGGUCUUACUGCUGGGUUUUUAGAGUCUAUACCAAUAAUCGCAGGUUUUAUGUUAUCUGUCAAUUCAAUGUCAAGUGCAAUGUGGUUCAAUGAUAACUUUAACUAA